AUGGUCAAGGUGGUGCAGCUUGCUGUCGCCAUCUACGUGGCUUAUCUCGUCUACGGUGUGGCCCAGGAGCGGAUCUACAAGACGCCGCGCGGCGACGAUGGCGCCCGCUUCUCAUACACCCUCUUUGUCGUCCUUGUCCAGUGCAUCUUCAACGCAUGCGUGGCGGCUGUGAUGAUGUGGUGGACGGAUACGCCGGCAAACACGACGCCGCUGUACAAGUAUGCGGCAAUCGGCUUUACCUACAUCGGGGCCAUGUUCUGCUCCAUCAACUCGCUCGUCUACGUCGACAUGGUGACCCAGGUCGUGGCCAAGUGCUGCAAGCCGAUUCCGGUCCUUCUCCUCGGCCUUGUCCUGUUUGGCAAGCGGUACACGGCGGAGCGGCUGGUGUGCGUGGUCAUGCUCUGUACCCAGUCCAAGAUGGAGGCCAAGGGCAAGAUCGUCUCGACCUGGACCGGCUGGCUCCUCCUCGGCAUGUCGCUCUUCCUCGACGGGCUCACCGGCAACAUCCAAGAGCGCGUCCGCGCAGCUCACAAGUGCACCACCUUUCAACUCAUGUUCUACACCAACGUCAUGGCGCUGGUCUACAUCUGCAUGGGGCUGGCGGUGACCCAGGACGCCGACGACGCCGUCGCCUUUAUCAUCGAGCACCCAGACACUGUCAUCGACCUGCUAAUCUUCUCGACGGCCUCGGCACUCGGCCAGAUCGCCAUCUUCCUCGCCCUCACCUCCCUCGGCGCCCUCCUCCUCACCAUCAUCACCACCACCCGCAAGUUCUUCACCAUCCUCCUCUCGCUCGUCUGGUUUGGCCACUCGCUUGCCUUUGGCCAGUGGAUCGGCAUUGCCGUCGUCUUCUCCGCCCUCGCCAUUGACAUUGCCGCCUCCAAGUUUGACUUUCGCAUCACAGAGGUCCUCGGCCUCACCAAGCGCCGGAUAAAGGCCGAGUAG